AUGUCGGUCCAGAAUCAAGAUCAACGGAGAUUCGCCUACCUCGUUGGGGUGGGCGUCACCCAUUCCAUCGCUCCCCCGAUGCACAACUAUUCCUUCAAGUCCCUGGGCUAUGACUGGGAGUUCAUUUCCCAAGAAUGUCCCACUGUCGAAGAUGCAAUGGCUCUCUUCCAUCAGCCCACCUUUGCUGGUGGUGUAGUGACCAUGCCCUACAAACGCACCAUCAUGGAUCAUCUCGACGGCCUGGAUGAAUAUGCUACACGGUUGCAGGCAUGCAACAACGUCUAUCGAGCCGCGGAUGGGUCACUAAGAGGAACCAACACCGACUGGAGGGGAAUCCAAGGCUGUCUGCUCGGGGCCAGGGAAGAAGGAAGAAACCGACCGGCGGUGAUUGUUGGGGCUGGGGGUGCCUGUCGCGCGGCCGUGUUCACGCUGCAUGUCCAGCUGGGAUGCAAUCCCAUUUAUAUCAUCAAUCGGGAUCGAAGUGAGGUGACUGCUCUGCUGGAAGACACCAAGAAGGAAUACGACACUCUCGAAAUGAUCCACGUGGAGCGUGCGGAGCAAGUGGCUGACUUGCCUUUUUACAUUGUCGGAACCGUGCCCGAUGCUGAGCCCAGCACUGCAGAAGAAAAGGAGGUACAUCGGAUAGUCGAUGCCAUUCUAUCCAGCCCGAAGAAAGGUGUUUUCCUGGACAUGUGCUUCAAGCCGAGAAAAACCCGAUUCCUCAAGGCAGCUCAAAAGCACGGUUGGGCCACGGUGGAGGGAACCGAGGUGAUUGGUCAUCAGAUGCUGGAGCAGUAUCGACUCUGGUGCGGGGAUGAUGCCAGUCAGCGAGUCCCUGUGGCAGGGGCCUGGUCGGUGCUGCGCCAGGCUGCAGAGGAGAGUUCGGCGAUCAACUUCUGAGGGGCGGAUGAGGGCUUUGCCGAUGACCUCACAGUGGGCCCUGACGUAGACGUACCCUUAUCUAUAAGAAUC